AUGGUUGAAGAGGGUGAUGCAACUCCGAAAAUCGCCCGUUACUCGUGUGCUUUUUGUGAAAAAUCAUACGAAACUCGUCAAGCACUAGGAGGACACCAACGUGGUCACAAACACGAACGAAAUGCCAUACGAGGGAUUAAACCUAGGUCAAUCCCUCGUCAUCCAAGGGGAAAAAUGAGUUUUAUCACAGGAACUUGUAAGGUAGAUAUGGAAAAUAUCAAUUCAUGGAAAAUACCAAAGAGAGAUGAAGUAAAAGAGACUGACCAUGAUCAAAAUGGUGCAAAAUCUGAAUUUAAAUUUGUUUUGCUUCCCAUGACAAAUGCUCAAAUCAAUGGAUUUGGGAGUCAUCAAAUUCCUAGGACCGAAAUUGACUUUGGUCUAGUUUCAAAGAGGCGUGCUAAUAAUGAUUCUCAUGAUGAUGGCAAGGACACUAAUUUCCAUUUAGUUGAUUAG